AUGAAGAAUGUCACACUUAUUCUUGCUAUGAUCCUUUUCUCAAGCUGUGUCACAUCCAAAGUCACAGCAGGAGAACUGGAGUCUUCAACUAACGAAGAGCCAAAUUGGUUCGUCCGUGCCCCCAGAAUAGUAUUGCCGAGGAUCCCUGCAGGCGACUUCCCACCAAUCUCGUUCCAUUCGCCACCUGAAGUCACUAAAUGCUUGUCUGGCAAGCAUGAGAUAAGAACAUGUCUUCAUGAUCUUGCUAGGAAAGCCGAUAUUGGGUCAGAAUGUUGCGCCGCGAUCAAGAAGAUGAAGGAAGAUUGUUACGAAACUGCUGUUAACCGGUUUUGUGACUGUACCAGAAACGUAAACGGCUACAGCCGCUAUACGCCUAUAACCUAUGAUAUAAACCGCUUAAUAAUGUCUGUGAGUAGCGAAGUACAAAAAAGCAAAGUUCUCGAUAACAACGUUUAUGCUUGA